AUGGAGGAUUCCUUCAGCCCCUCUGCUCUGCCUCUGGCGCCCAACCUCUCAGUAGCCAUCCUGCAGAGCUGGGGUCUUAACCUGACUUCGGGGCAGGGGGCCUCUGUCCCGGGACCGCAGCCGCCGCCACAAGGGCCACCCAACCACCCGAUCCACCUGGUCUUCAUGGGAAUCAUCCUGGUGGCCGCGGUGGCGGGCAACACCACCGUGCUGUGUCGCCUGUGCGGCGGCAGCAGCCGGCCCUGGCCGGGUCCCAAGCGUCGCAAGAUGGACUUCCUGCUGGUGCAGCUGGCAGCGGCCGACCUGUACGCAUGCGGGGGCACUGCCUUGUCGCAGCUGGCUUGGGAACUGUUGGGCGAGCCGCGUCCCGCCCUGGGCGACCUGGCUUGCCGCUUCUCGCAGCUACUUCAGGCAUCCGGGCGGGGCGCCUCCGCCCACCUGGUGGCGCUCAUCGCCCUAGAGCGCCAGCUCGCCGUGCGCCGUCCGCAGGGCCCGCAGCUGCCCGCGCGCGCCCUGGCUGCCCUGGGCUGGCUGCUGGCGCUGCUGCUGGCACUGCCGCCGACUUUUGUGGUGCGCUGGGGCGCUCCCCCACCUCGGGGCGCCAGCGCCUGGCCGGGGGAGCAUCGUUGCUGGGGCAUCUUCGCGCCUCUGCCGCGCUGGCAUCUGCAGGUCUACGCUCUCUACGAAGCUGUCGUGGGCUUCGCGGCGCCGGUUGCUAUCAUGGGUGUCUCUUGCGGCCACCUGCUGUGUGUAUGGUGGCAGCGUGGGUCUCAGGCUCCAGUGGCUGGGGCACGCUGGUCCGCCAGUCCGACCCGAGCCCCCUUGCCCAGUGCGCUGCCCCGCGCCAAGGUGCAGAGCCUGAAAAUGAGUUUGUCGUUAGCGCUGCUCUUCGUGGGCUGCGAGCUGCCCUACUUCGCCUCCCGCUUGGCCGCCGCCUGGUCGUCGGGGCCUGCGGGUGACUGGGAAGUAGAGGACCUAGCGGUGGCGAUGCGCGUCGUGGAGGUGGCCAAUAGAGCCCUCAACCCUUUCGUCUACCUCUUCUUCCAGGCGGGCGACUGCGGGCUCUGGCGGCGGCUACAGAGGCGCCUGGGAGUUGUGUGCUGCGUGAGGGAGGGAGAAGUCGAGAUCAACGAGGGGGCUGGGGACCACCAGGCACUGCACCGCCACCGCUGGCCCCACCCCCACUAUCACCACGCCCGGAGGGAGGAGCGGGACAAGGGCUGCCAGCGUCCACCCCCGCCGCGCCCCAGACCGCUGGCCUGCUCCUGCGAAAGUGCCUUCUAG